GAAUCAGAGGUGGAAGUUAGGAUUGACUCUCACCUAGUACCUAAGGUAGACAGGUUUCGAUAUCUUGGCUCGGUAAUCCAGGCUGAUGGGGAGUUAGACGGGGAUGUUGGACAUCGUGUUGGAGUGGCUUGGGCCAAAUGGCGGUUGGCUUCAGGGGUAUUGUGUGACCCGAAGAUUUCGCCCAGGAUGAAAGGCAAGUUCUACCGAUCCGUAGUAAGACAUGUUAUGUUAUAUGGGGCAGAGUGUUGGGCGGUUAAGAAGACUCAUGUGCGUCGUCUGCAUGCGGCAGAGAUGCGGAUGUUACGAUGGAUGUGUGGGAAGACAAGGUUGGAUAGGAUUUCGAACGAAGUUAUCCGACGUCAGGUAGGCAUGGUGCCGGUGGAAGAUAAAUUGCGGGAAGCGAGGUUGAGAUGGUUUGGUCAUGUGAGACGGCAGGAUGCUAACGCCCCUGUUGAGCUGGGGGUCUCUUGGAAACAGCCUCCCUGCUUCCAAGUAGGGGCAAGGUCUGCGUACACACACCCUCCCCAGACCCUACUGUAGUGGGAUCCAACUGGGUUGUUGUUGUUUGUCAUUAAGUAUUUCAUAAAAUAAAAUAUUCUUGUCACCUCUUGUUUUGUAGAACUUUUGACGUAGUUUUUUAAUAUGUAAUUUUUAUAUCUUAUUGAUAUACCAAUUUGUAAAUAAAAUGAUUUCAAAAAGUAGGAAAUUUUACUCUGUAACCCGCAAUUUGUAAUCAAAUUGGGGACGGAGGGAGUAGUAUCUGAAAGGUAACCAUGCAAGGAUAGGCAGCGGAAUAUAAAAAUUUUAACAUCCUAACAUGAUUAUCUUGCCUUGAAUCACGUACUAAAACAUAUAGUAGUAAGAAAUUUAUACCUUUCUU